GAUAAGCAUUAGAAGGAAGCUUGAAUUUAUUAUAAAUUUAUUUUUUAGCCUAUUUCUCCUCGAUUACAUUCCCAUUGUCGGAUAUGAGAAUAAUCGGAGGUAAUUGGGGACGGCGCCGUCGGCCGGACACGGGAUCGGACUCGGCAACCGAACUCGGCGAUACUAAACCCGACUUUAAAGCACACGACCUCCCCUCGACCUAACCAUGAUUCUGUUUCCCUAGCCUUUCGAAACCGAAGCCCGUCGGAGAUAAUGUGAGAUUUUCUACGCCCAACUAUAGCUCUCAGUUUAAACAGCCUGAGUGCGACGCACAUAUUACUAGCUAUGACCGACCCCGAGCGGCGGCGCAGGCGUCUCACUGUCUCCUGUACCUUGUGCAAGCGCCGCAAGAUACGAUGUAACCGCGAGACGCCAUGUAGCAACUGCGUGCGCUCGCGGAACGGGACUUGUGUCUAUGAGAACAACGUUACUGCCCCUCCCAGACGGGACACGGGACUGACCCCUGAACGGGCUGGUGGGUUUGGGAGGGAAUCAAAUGCUAGUAGACGCAGCGAACCGGCUUUCCCUCCCCUUCCCACCCCGUCGUCUAGCGCAUCAUCCCCUGCGCCCGAUGUGGCGGCCAUGCAGCGGCGUAUCCUGGCGCUUGAAUCGGAGCUUGCGGGGGUGUCUAUCAAGCAAACCCCCACCCAGCAGCCUCCGAUGGAACUGGCCCCGGCUCUACUGGAUCCGUUCUCAACUCAGAAAGAGGACACGGUGACGACCACGACGAAGCUGGCGGGUACAUUUCAUGUGCAUAAUGAGAAUACCGAGUGUGGGAUUGGGUACGAGGGGGGUAUCCCGCGUAGUGUCACGCAUAAGACGAGGGUUUUUGGCCAGAGUCAUUGGAUUAAUGGGAUUGUGCUGUUCCUCGGAAUCCCCAAACUUAUCGAGUCCCAUUUCCUCUGCGAAACAUCCCGCGCCGUUGUUGGCAUCCAACGCUGCAAAUCGCUUGCUCGAACCAUCAAGUUUCAACGCACACCUGCCGCCCGUUCUCUCCCACCAAUCCCGGAUCUGCCACCCAAAGAAGUCGCCGACACUCUCAUAGAGUCCUACCUCCGUACCGUAGAGUCCGUCCACCGCAUAUUGCACAUCCCCACCUUCCGACGCGACUACGCGGCGCUCUGGGCCUCUGAGUCCCCCACCAACACUGUAUUCUUGGUGCAGCUGAAACUCGUCCUCGCGAUCGGUGCCUCGACGUACGAUACGAAGUUCUCUCUCCGUACGUCAGCGAUUCGAUGGGUUUAUCAGGCACAAAACUGGCUAUCAGAACCGGCGUUCAAGUCCCGCCUAAACAUCCAGACGCUGCAGAUCAGCCUCCUGCUACUGUUCGCGCGAGAAACGACGGGUGUCGGCGAAGAUAUGGUAUGGGUAUCUGCCGGCUCGCUGUUGCGGACCGCCAUUCACAUGGGUUUGAACCGGGACCCGUCGCUCUUGCCAACACGUAGCUUGUUUGCAGCCGAAAUGCGCCGGCGACUCUGGAACACGAUCCUAGAAGCAGUCGUCCGAACAAGUCUCAUGUCUGGCGGCCCGCCACUGCUGUCACUGAGUGACUUCAACACUGCGCCUCCUAGAAAUUUUUCGGAUGAGCAGCUCUCUGACGAUGACUCUACGCCGGCCCCGGAUGGGGAGUUCACGCAGAUCUCUGUCGCCAUCGCGCUGCGCGCCACAUUCCCCCUUCGCCUCGCCGUUGCCAAAUUUCUCAAUGAUUUUGGUGCCCAUGGCACCUAUGACGAGACCCUACGCCUUGACACCGAGCUGCGAACCGUCUACCGCGCGCUCUGCCACACGCUCCAAGGAUACGCUUCCUCCAGCACUGGAUCUACGCCAUCGAGAUUCGCGCUCCGAGUCGUCGAUUUCCACAUGCUACGGUACCAGCUGGCACUGCACGUCCCAUUCUUCGGGCCUGCGCUUAAAGUCACAGCAUAUGCGUACUCGCGGACAGUCGUAGUCGAGAACUCCCUGCGGUUGUGGUAUAGCGUCUGUCCACCGUCGUCCGGUGCGCGUGGGGUUGCUGUGGUGGAGGAAGAGGAAGAGGAGAUAGGUAGGGACGACUUGAUGCGGCUUGCAGUCUGCGGGUCAGGCUUCUAUUGUACUGUUGCCAUUCAAGCGAACCUCCUCAUUGCAGUCGAGUUACGAACUCAGGUCAUGGAAGCCGCAAGUCUCUCACCGCCGACGUUGCGCCCAGACCUACUAGCAGUUCUCGAGGAUAGUAAAGCAUGGGUGUUGCGGCGUAUUGAAGCCGGCGAGACGAACAUCAAAGGAUACUUAAUGUUAUGCGUUGUAACGACACAAAUUGACGCGCUCGCUCUCGGUCUUGGGAAGGAUGAAAUGCUGCGAUUAUGUCUCGAGGCUGCGGAAGAGUCCGAGGAGGUAUGUUUUCCCCUGCUUGAGGAGAUGGUGGCGCAGGGGCGGGAUGGAGGCGGGGAUAGUGGGAUUCCAACAGGCCUCGGAACACCUGAGGGAGGGGUAGAGGAUUGGGAGUUCAUGGUGAGUUGGGUGCUGGCAUGUAUGUGUGCAGUGUUGCCGUGGCUGACCAGUGUGAUAGGUUUCAGAUGCGCUGUUUGAGCUGGGGGGG